UUUCUCUCAAUAGGUUCGAUCACUCUUGCAUGUACAGGUUCUAUAUGUACACAUCUUCAGACACCUCUAUAAACAAGCCAUGACAAUAUAGCUCUUUCCAUUGUUGAGAGAGAGAGAGAGAGAGAGAGAGAAUGGCUGACGCGGCGGUGCAAUUCCUUCUGGACAACCUCCAGCAGCUACUGAUCUACCACACCCAUUUGAUCGCCGACGCCAAAAACCAGGUGGAGAAGCUGGAAAGUAAUCUCCGCGUCUUCAACGCUUUCCUCAAGGACUCCACCAAGAAGCGGCGGAAGGACGAGAGCCUGCGAGAGCUCGUCCGUCAGAUACGCGACGUGGUUUACGAGGCGGAGGACAUCAUCGACGCCUUCGUGACCCAGGCCGCCGAGAGCAAGGCCAAGAAUUACUUCCUCAGAGCUUUCGAGACGCCGGUGAAGCUCCACAGCAUCGCCACACAAAUCGAGAAGGUUAGCGCAACGGUUAAAGAGAUAUAUGGCGACAAAUCCAGGAUUGACUUCGCCGCCCUCAAUGUCGGAGAUGGAGGGCCUGAGAAAUCUGAGGCUCCCGUGGUAAGACAAGAGAACGUGGUGGGUUUUGAAGACGAAGCAGAAAAAUUAAUAGGUUAUCUGACUGAAGAAACUCAGCAGCUUGAUGUCGUCUCCAUCAUUGGUAUGCCCGGUCUUGGCAAGACAACAUUGGCGGGAAAAAUAUUUCGUGAUCCAGCAAUCCAGUAUGAAUUUCCCACUCGCAUAUGGGUUUACGUCUCUCAAGAAUUCACAAGAAAAGAUAUAUUUCUUGCAAUUCUAAGAGAGUUCACUAGGCCCGAUGAGGAGAUGUAUCAGAAAAAUGAUCAGGAGUUAGCCCGACUGGUUGCGUCUUAUCUAGAGAGGGGUAAGUUCUUGAUUGUCAUGGAUGAUGUGUGGACAGCUGAGGAUUGGGAUAAACUCCAAAUUGCUUUGCCCAAGAGCAAUAAGAUGGGUAAAGUCUUGAUUACUAGCCGUCAUGUUGAAGUUGGUCAGUAUGCUAAUAAAAAUAGGCAUCCCCACAAGCUGCGUUUCUUGACUGAGGAGGAGAGUUGGUUGCUGCUCCGGUUGGAGGUUUUCGGUAAGCCUGAGUGCCCUCCUGAGUUGGAAGUUCUGGGAAAACUAAUUACAGAGCAGUGUGACCGAUUGCCACUUGCAAUUGUGGUCAUAGGAGGCAUUCUUCUCAAAAAAUAUUCAGCAUCAGAUGAUAUGACUGCAACAAAAAAUGCAUGGACAAAAGUAUCUACAAGUGUGAGUACAUAUCUUAAUGAGGACCCUGCGAGACGCAUGGAAAAUAUUAUAGCAUUGAGUUAUGAUAAAUUGCCUUAUCACCUAAGAGCAUGCUUUCUCUAUUUGGGGAUGUUCCCAGAAGACUAUGAGAUCCCAGUUUGGAAAUUAAUUCGCAUGUGGAUUGCCGAGGGAUUCAUACAAGAAAAAUCUGGUAUCAGCUUGGAAGAAACGGCAGAAAACUAUUUAGAGGAUCUGAUCAAUAGAAAUUUGGUAAGAGUUGAUUAGAGGAGACCUGAUGGUAGAGUUAAAACAUGCCGCAUUCAUGACAUGCUUCGCGACUUUUGCAGAAAUGAAGCUGGAAGCGAAAGGGAAAAUUUUCUCCAAGAAAUUAAAAGGUCUAGUAAUGGAUUUGAACCUUCAAUCAGUCAAGUACAAAAGUUUCGUCGUCUUUGUAUUCAUUCCAACAUCCUACACUUUUUCUCUUCGAAACCUUUUGGUCCUCGUGCCCGGUCCUUUGUUUGUUUCUGCAAGGAAGAAGUUGGCUUGCCAUCAGAAUACACUUCAGCCAUCCCCACAGCUUUCAAAAUGCUUAGAGUUCUAGAAGUCCAGCCCAUCAAAUUUACAAAAAUUCCUAGUGACAUAUACCAGCUGAUUCAUUUGAGGUAUCUCACCAUAUCCUUCAGUUUAGCAGUUCUUCCUCCAGCCUUCUCCAAGCUUUGGAACAUGCAAACUCUUGUGGUUGAGACCACAUCUCGUACCUUGGAAAUCAAAGCUGAUAUUUGGAAGAUGAUUCAAUUAAGGCAUUUAAAAACAAAUGCCAGCACUACUUUGCCGAAGGUGAAAAGUAGUAAAGAAGGUGAAAAGCUUCGCACACUUGGUACAAUUUCACCACAAAGUUGCACAGAUGAAGUGUUUGAAAGGGCUCGCAAUUUGAAGAAAUUGGGCAUUCGUGGGCGACUAGCCUUGCUUAUAGACGGCAAGAGUGGAUCAUUUGAUAGUCUGGGGAAAUUGGAAAAUCUUGAAA